AUGGACUCUGGUGCACGUGGUAUACUCGGAGAUACGGGACCGACAGGCCGGUUGCGAUCCCGACUGGUUGCCGUUCGGAAAUCAUUGCUAUUACUUCUCAGAGGGACCUGCGAGUCUGACAGAGGCGCGAAGUUUUUGCCUGGAUCGAGGGGGAGACCUGGUGAGAAUUCACGGCCGAGAGGAGCAGAAAUUCGUGGAGGAGAACGUCGUCCCGAGAAAUUCUUGGAUCGGGCGUACACGACAGGUUCGCUGCUUGAGGAUAUGGGGAAUUACGCCUUUUUUCACGGGACUCCGACCGACUUAUCAGCUGUUCGGAAUCGAGGAGAACUGGAUAUUUUUUUUCCGGGAAGUCCCGACGGAGGCGUUCUUCUGAUGCCUCGUCUGUACAAGAACGUGGACUGUUCCGCGAAGAGAACCCUCUUCUGCGGAGCCUCGGAGACCAUGACGUUCGAGGAAGCAUCCCGAUACUGUGCCGACGUUCCGGCGGUCUGUAACGGAGGAUAUCUUCACGAUCCUGGGACAAGGGAUUUCUUCACUCGGAAUAGCAAUGCAUACUGCAUGAAAAGCACAGGGGACGUGCUCCAAUGGGAUCAGGGGGUGACUCGCCACAGCGGCUAUCUUGAUGCCAUCUCGCGCCGGUCGAGGGAAUUAGAGGACCAUCUACAGGGGGCAUACCCGACUGGAUCCCUCUUUGAGGAUCCGUGGAACUUCGCUUUUUUCGACGGGACUCCGUCCGACUAUCAACAGGUUGCGGGAGGACCGAUGUCAUCGUCGAAUCCCGGCAACGGGAUCAUCCUCAUCCCUGUGUUGUGGAAGAACGUGGACUGUUCCGUGAAGCGGAACUUCUUCUGCUAUCAAUAUUACUCGGGCGUCAUAUGCGGGUGCAACAUUGAGGAGGGUUGGAUAUUUUCGUGGGGCUUCUGUUUCAUCAGAGGCCCGGAACCCAUGACGUACGAGGAUGCAGUGCAGCACUGUCCCACUGUGCCAGGGGGUUGCGAAGGGGCUUAUGGAACAUUUUUGAGUCCCAAUCACUAUGUCAGGGACGCCUUCAUCAAUUACAUGAGGCUCGAUUCUCAGGAUGACGACAACGGAGAUCAUCCCGGAAGGUAUUGGAUGGGGCUGAGAAGGAAUCCGGAAUCGGGGCAAUGGGAGACACCAUCCGGAACGCCCUUCAACGCGACGACCGAAUGGCACUGGGAUGGAUAUCCGACCGAGGACGGAGGGGAUUGCGCCUCGCUGUUCGUCUCCUCCUGGAUUCCCACGUUUGUGGGGAAUUUAUACGGGUUCGUCUGCAAGAAGGCGUCACUUGCUUGAAGAAUUCAAGGUCGUUUCCUUGAUGCUGUCCAAAUGAGCUUGGGAAAUAAAUGUUAUACAGAUG